AGUACUUCACAGUAUUCCAGUAACCGUGGGGAUUAGAAACUCACACAAGGGGUUCGAACUCCAAAUUCUCCAUUCUCUUAGCUCCAAAAAUCCACUAAAAAUGGGCGCCAUCUGCAACGAAGACCUUCCUCUCUCCCCGCGUCGCACCUGUUUUGCCUCCUCUCAUGAUCUCAGAUUCUUCAAGAACGUGCACGACAAUGUCCACGGCAACAUUUAUCUCGACCCGGUGGCUUUGAAGUUUAUUGAUACCGAGCAGUUCCAAAGGCUCCGUGACCUGAAGCAGCUUGGUAUGACACACAUGGUUUACCCAGGAGCGGUGCAUUCCAGAUUUGAACAUUCUCUUGGUGUUUACUGGCUUGCUGGUGAAUCUGUUCAAAAGCUCAAGAAGCACCAAGGUUUGGAGCUUGGUAUUGAUGCCUUUGACAUUCAAACAGUGAAACUUGCUGGGCUUCUACAUGAUUUGGGCCAUGGGCCUUUUAGUCACUUGUUCGAACGUGAGUUUCUUCCCCGCAUCCAUAGUGGCUCAAAAUGGUCUCAUGAGCAAAUGUCAUUGAAGAUGGUUGAUUAUAUAGUAGACGAGCACCACAUUGAUGUCGACUCUGGAAUGAUUAAAAAAGUGAAGGAGAUGAUUGUAGCUAGCUCAGAGUUUGCACUCCCAAAAGGCACAAGAGAGAAGCGUUUCUUGUAUGAUAUUGUUGCAAAUGGUCGAAAUGGCAUUGAUGUGGACAAGUUUGAUUACAUUGUCCGAGACUGCAGAGCUUGUGGUGUGGGAUGUAACUUUGAGUUUCAGAGGUUAAUGGAUACUAUGCGGGUUUUGGAUGAUGAAAUUUGUUAUCGUGCCAAGGACUAUCUAACUGUCCACAAGUUAUUUUAUACUCGUGCUGAUCUUUAUAGAACUGUAUAUACACAUCCAAAAGUUAAGGCAAUUGAGCUUAUGAUAGUAGAUGCUCUGUUGAAAGCAAAUAGCUUUCUAGAAAUUUCUUCUUCCAUUGAAGAUCCUUCUGAUUAUUGGAAGUUGGACGACACAAUUAUCAAAACAAUUGAGAUUGCUCCAGACCAAGAACUCAAGGAAUCACGAGAUCUGAUUUUACGCAUCCGCAGAAGGAAUUUGUACCAGUUUUGCAACGAGUAUGCUGUUCCAAAGGACAAACUUGAGCAUUUCAAAGAUGUCACUGCACAAGAUAUUGUUUGUUCCCAGAAAAAUGGUGGAGUGAUACUAAAAGAAGAAGAUGUUGCUGUUAGCAAUGUUAGGAUUGAUUUGACUCGUGGAAGGAGUAAUCCUCUAGAAAGAAUCAACUUUUUCAAGGAUUAUGACAGUGAGGAGAAAUUCACCAUUCCUGAUGAUCGCAUUAGUCACUUGUUGCCCACAUGCUAUCAGGAUAUGAUAGUUAGGGUUUACUCCAAAAAACCUGAGCUGGUUGGAGCAAUCUCCGAAGCCUUUGAAAACUUUCAAUUGAAAACAUAUGGGAUUAAAGCACAAGUACAUUCAACGCCAGAGAAAAAGAAAAGGCGCAUAUGAGGUGACCAUCUGCUUUCUUCAAAAAUCUGGAACUUACUUUCUCAGUCAGCAAAUCAAUACAGUUCACAUACAAUACACGACAUAGAAGUAUUGUUUAUGAACAAUUGUGGACAUCAAGGUGAAAUCAUGGUUGAUUUACUUCCAUCACAUAAAAUCAAUCAUUCGUAUAGUCAAUGCCCUUUUCUUAUCUAUUGAUCAAUUCAUUUAAUGUUUGAGCCAAAAAUCAAGUUUUUGUGUUACUCCAUGCUGAAGGUGUAAAUGUCAAAAUUUGUUGAGUUGUGAUUAGUGAAGGAGGAUAAGUGGGUUGACUUGACUUGAGAAUCUAAAGUCACGGGAGUUGAAUUUAUUCUCUCAAAGCGUCUGUGUAGUGUGGCCCUGUGAAGUGAAUUUUAUUUGAUGUAGAAUGAAGUAUAAAAAGUCAACUUUCACGUGUAUGGUGACGCAGUGCAGCAGAUAUAAAUAGUGCUUAUUUCAUGGGAA